AUGGUGGGCGAGUCACACUGGUGCUACGACAUUCAAGCCAAGGAAUCCAGCUGCUUGGAGCCAGAUAAAUGGAGUGGAAGCUGCCAGGGGAACAAUCAAUCCCCUAUCAACAUUGUCACCAGCAAGGCCCACGUGAACCACUCCCUGGGGUCCUUUUCUUUCUUUGGCUAUGACAAGAAGCAUUCAUGGAGUGUUCAAAACAACGGGCACACAGUGAUGGUGAACCUGGAGAAUAACAUCUCUAUUGCUGGUGGAGGACUGGCCACCAGAUACUGGGCCAAACAGCUGCACCUGCACUGGUCCCAACAGCUGGACAAGGGCUCAGAGCACAGCCUGGACGGGGAGCACUUUGCCAUGGAGAUGCACAUCGUCCAUGAGAAGGAGGGCAUAUCAAGGAACAAGAAAGAGGCCAAGAACUCCAAAGAUGACAUUGCUGUGCUGGCCUUCCUGGUGGAAGCUGGCUCUAAGAAUGAUGGCUUCCAGGCCCUGGUGGAGGUGCUGGAUGACAUCCCCAAACCCCAUAUGAGCACUACUAUGAAGAAGAACAUCACCCUGCUGGACCUGCUUCCCAAGGAGGAGAAACUGAAGCACUACUUCCGCUACCUGGGCUCCCUCACCACGCCGGACUGCUCUGAGACAGUCGUGUGGACUGUGUUUGAGGAGCCCAUUCAGCUCCAGGAAGAGCAGAUCCAGGCCUUCUCCCAGAAGCUGUUCUUCAACGAAGAGAAGACGCUGAAUAUGAUGGACAACGUUAGGCCUCUGCAGCGUCGGGGACAGCGACCUGUGUACAAGUCUCAGGCCCCAGGACUGCCGCUGCCCUUGCCCCUGCCCGCCCUGCUGGCCCCCACGCUUAUCCUUAUGGCCAGCCUGCUCCACUGA